AAGCUCUGACAUAGGAUACAGAAGUCUAUACGAGUUAUAGAAGUCUAUUUGGAUCGAAUAUUAAAUCUAACAUCAAUAUUGCAAGAAACAAAGUAGCAGGGAUAUCCUACUUACAAAACUAAACGAGGACAGUUAAGAUCAUAACCAGUUUAUCGGAAAUUUGACUUCAGCUGUUUCGAAAGCGAGAAAGGAAAGCUCGUAUUCGUUUUCUUUCUCGGUUACCCGAAGCAACCCGAAGUCCGUGGUACACGUACAUGGAACGUGUAAUAGUGUACAUCUGCUUUCCCUACCGCUAACCUAUCUGCAGGGGGAAAUUCCCUGCGUCACCCGACUCCAAUCUGGCAUCACAGCGUGCAUCCACCAUAACGGCUUGGAGGUCUGUGACGUCUUCAAUGGCCGCCGCCGUACUGUCUACAUACGUAACGGAGCGCGGUGCAAUCACUAACCGCGUUCCGUGGUGGCUCAAGACGUAGUGUUUACUGUUUCUCGUUAAAAUAUCUCAUCAAGCUGGGGCCCGACGUGCAAAUCAUGGGCUCGAAGAAGCACAAAAAGCACAAGCGUGAGAGGCACGAAGGAAUUUUGACUACGUUUUCACCACGGACAAACUGAGAGUGAGGUUGGAGUAGAAGUGAGGUGGAUUCGAAAGUAUAAACGAAGGUUCCGCAGCAACAGGUGCGACCUGGAAAAGGGCAGUAUACAACCACGGAUAAACCCCGAGCUUUAAAGCUUAUAUUAAAAGUAGGGGGUAGCAGUGGGACACCCGAAUACGGCAACGAAUCUCCGAGCCAAGCAACAAUGUUGUCUCAACAUUUGGGUGUCUACCAGCAACAGUUGGGUCUCAACUGUUCCGUAACGCAAGAUUCCGAAUACGAUAGGUAUAUGGGGCACAAAAAGCUUAAGAAGAAAAAGAAAAAGAAGGAUAAAAGGCACAAGCAUCAUCAUAAAGAUAAAAAGAGAAAACGGGAGGAAUCGAGUCAAGAAUCAGUUGGGGACGCAGAUGAAAGUUUAGCAGAAGUCCCCAAGAAGAUUCCAAAUCAUCAGUUGUUACCUCCUAGACCCCCGUCCACAGGAGAGCCCAGAAUUGGUGUCACCAACCAAAUUAGCUCUCUCUCUCCCCAUCGAGAACCUAGAACUUGCGUACUUAGAAAAAUCGCCGAGCGUACACCUCUACAACGACUACUGGAACACCUUCUUAGGUCAAUGGAAAAACGCGACCCACAGCAAUUUUUUGCUUGGCCGGUCACGGAUAGCAUUGCACCUGGAUAUUCUCAGAUCAUAACUAAUCCUAUGGAUUUCAGUACUAUAAAGCAGAAAAUAGAUGAUAAUAGCUAUCAAAAUUUAAACGAAUUCGUAGAUGAUUUUAAGUUAAUGUGCGACAAUGCUACUACUUACAACCAUCCAGAUACAAUUUAUUUCAAGGCAGCGAAGAAAUUGUUGCACGUCGGCCUAAAAAUGGUUACACCCGAGAAACUACGACAAUUGAGACCUGUUCUGACAUACAUGCAAGACAUUUCUAAAGAGGAACUCGGAUUUGAAUUAGGCGUCGAGGAUCCGAAUAAUCCAGACAUCCCAGUCACCGAAGAACAGAUUGAACGAGAACGAGAACAGGAAGAACGUAACGAAGAAGCGGAGGAACUUAGGAAAGAAAACCAGAGAAAGAUGAGAUUGGCAAGUUUAGGUAAAUUUGAAGCCAUCCCAGAUGAUAUGACUCCAGAGGAGAUCUUGAAACAAGCACGCGGAGCUGCGAAAGCAGCAUCGGAAAAGUUGUCGUUGAAAAGGCUCAAUUCGAAGAUGGGUUUCCUCAGACAAAAGAAAGAUGGUACCACUAGCUUACAAAUAAUAGUACCAGGGGAUGGUGUAAUUCCAGGAACUAAUCAAAGACCUGUGUCAUUAGGUCAGCUCAUAGGUAAAUUAAACCACGGUACAGGUGCAUUAGCAGGAUUCCGUGAAGAUAGGAGGAACAUGUCUAAGCCAGUAAAACCUUUGUAUUAUGGUGCCUUUGGCUCUUACGCGCCGAGCUAUGAUUCCACAUUUGCUAAUCUUACGAAGGAUGAGACAGACUUGGUAUAUCAAACUUAUGGCGACGAAACGGCUGUACAAUACGCAGAAUCCAUUUUAGACUUUGCUAAAGACUGUGAUUAUACGUUAACUAUGGUCGACGAUCUACUGGAUAUCUUAACAGGUGGGGAUCACAGAAAAACUAAGAAGUUCCUUGAGGAGAAACGAAGGCUCAGGGAGGAGGAAGAGAAGAUAAAGCAUUUGUUAGAGAAACCUAUGCAGGACGUGAAUCGUAACAUUUCUUCCAUGGAUAAUGUUAAAGUUGACAUUGACCAGUUAAAGACUCUUUCAGACAUAGGAAUUGAUGUUAAUUUCCUGGAGAGUCUGGGCAAUAUAGAAGAUGAAUUGAAGCUCACCGAGGAACGUGCAGCUUUACAAAGUCGCUUAGACGACACGUCUCAAAUGAUAGGUCGUCUGAAGCAAGUGCAACACGAUCGUUUAUCAGCUCCACCGCCUGCUCAUUUGUCGAAUGUUCCUAAACCAUCAGAGAACGAAGUAGCGUUGGCUGACAAAAUAACGGACAACCUGACAGAAAUUGCAAAGAAACUUCCGCCCUCGGCCAUCGCCCCUGUCGACGGUUUGCGUAGAGCCAUGGGAAUAGCGCCUCUGGGUGGACCAGAGCCUAUGGAGGUGGAGCCUAUCACUCACAAUCCUACAAUCGUCGCUGAAAACAACCUACUUUCGCAAACCACUAGCAGUCAGGUCUCAGCUAACCUUUUGCCGACACCUUCGCCAAUUCCAAGCGCAAAUUUGCUCAGCCCGCCCAGCCAACCGACGCCACCAAUCAGUAUUGUAAACGCAGCUCAACCACCGAUUCAGAUACAAAUCGGUAUGACGCACAGUCAGACACCUCCGUCAUUGCUGAACCCGACGGAGGCAUCUGCUGUUCCUGAUCUAGAAACCGAACUUCGUGAAUUUCUGGAGAGCGAUCCUACAUUAGGACACUCGCCUCUUCACGACGACAAAACUUUGGAGGAUAUUUUGUCCGAGUCUUAGUGUGUACGACUUAAUUUUCAAUAAUAUACCUCCAGAGAUGGACAAAAUUUUGCUGGCACAACAAGUAAUGAAUAAAACCGACACUGAAAUUUGUAAAUGUUGUUUGUGAAAUGUCUCAUUCUAUAAUUCAAAUGCUAACCUUUAUUUAAUAGGUCACAGAUGAAAAGUUGGUGGAUGAAAGUUGCCUUUUAUUUGUUACUUGAGAUUUUUGUCUAGAUAAGAAUUUUGUUCAUCUGUGCCUACCACAGGUUGUACAUUUUACUACAUAUAAACAGUAGGAUUAACGUCAAAUGUACGGUUAAUAACAUUGUGUCCUGUAGCGAAUUGUCAUUCGAACAACAGAGUGUUUAUUUUAUAUGAAUAUUAUUUAUGAAGUUUGCGUAACAAAUUGCAUUAUAAGAAACUUGUAAAAGUUUACAUGAAAUAUAUUCGUAACACAGAAUACUGUUUAAUUGG